AUGACUACAGCUACCAUCGAUUCUAGCUCGGGGAACGGGCCGUUGGUAUCUACAACAGAACAAUUACAGGGCUUGAUUGAAUCUUUUAUUGAGUUAGGGGUGUUGGUUCAUGAUAAUCAGGGAACACAACAAUCACAUACAGCCCUUACCCAUAAGACCAACCAGGUAAUCAGUCAGCUUUCCUCGUUAACAGAUAGUGGGUUUACACAUCAGUAUCCAAUCCCGGUGGAUGUGAUCUCAUAUAUUGAAGAUGGUAGAAACCCGGACGUUUAUACCAGAGAGUUUGUUGAAGUGACAGCAAAAAGUAAUGCAAGACUCAAGGGAAAGAUGCUAGGCUUCCAGAAAUUGCGAGAUGUAUUGGGCGAUAAGCUUGGCAAGGAGUUCCCUGAAUUAGGUAGUGCAAUUGAAGAUAUUAAGAAAAGAACUACUCCUGACGAGGAAUAA